UCGCUCUCUUCUCUCUCGCUCCUUUCAUUCUCUGCGAUUUUACACAAGGGGCACGCCUCUCUUCUCUUUCGUUGCCGAGGACGACAAAUAUCUGAAAUUUACCAUGUCUUGUAACAUCAAAACCACGAACGAAGAAGAUGCAUCGAGCAACUUUGGAUGCAAUAUCUGUCUUGACUUGGCAAGAGAACCGAUCGUGACUCUAUGUGGUCAUUUGUUCUGCUGGCCUUGUCUCUACAAAUGGCUCCAUUAUCAUUCCAAAUCGAAUCAUUGUCCUGUUUGUAAAGCUCUGGUUAAGGAAGACAGUUUGGUUCCUUUGUAUGGAAUGGGCAAGCCAUCUUCUGAUCCCAGAUCGAAGCCAAGUUGUGGUGUUUCUGUCCCCAAUCGACCAACUGCGGCUAGGAUUGAAUCAGCUCGUCCUCCGCUUGGGACAAGGCAUCAUGGCUCUAGUUUCUUUGGAGGGCAUUCAGGAUUUGCUGCCAUGCCAACUGGUACACGGUUUUCCAACUUCUUGUUGUAAUGCAAGUAUACCUUUGAUGAAUCCGAGUAGACGCGCAGUGUUCUGACAAUGUUUUUGAUACUACUAUAUAUUAUACGUUGUCUACAAUUUUUGUUACUUUGUCAAUGUU